UUUCCAUCAGAAAAGUUACAGUAUAGAGCUGAAAAAAGCGCCUCCUUCCCUUCACUCAAAAACGGAGAAACAGAAAGAAACCCUUUCUCCCUGAAGAUGCAGACUCUCUCUUGAAACCAAAGGAUAACAAUCUUCAUUUUACCCUUUUCACUCUAAAAGUGUAUUGAUCUCUGUGUUUUGCAGCAGCAGGUGAAGCAGACGGGAGAAUUGUGGGGAUGUUCUCACAAGCCUUUUUAGCUGUUCUGCUCUGCACAACUGUCGUCCCCCUCAAUGCUCAAAAUGAUGAAGGAACUUCCUGUGCAGAUAAAACUGAGUGUCCUAUCACGGUGUACUUUGUCAUUGACACAUCUGAGAGCAUUGCCCUUCAGACUGACCCUAUUGAGAGUUUAGUGAACCAUAGCAAGAAGUUUGUUGCUCAAUUCGUUAAUAAGCUGGCCAAUGAGGUCUACCAACAACAAAUAUCCAUAAAUUGGCAAAUUGGGGGACUUCAUUUUUCAGAUAUAGUGGUAAUCUUUAGUUCUAUAACCCAAGACAAGGUGCUAUUCAAUGAUAGGUUGGCAAAAAUCCGUUACAUUGGUCGGGGCACUUUCACAGAUUGUGCUCUCUCCAACAUGACAGCUCAGAUGCCUCUCAAUCCGCAAGGGACAAAUUAUGCCAUUGUGAUCACUGAUGGCCAUGUGACAGGGAGUCCCUGUGGAGGGAUGAAGCAGCAAGCUGAUCGAGCACGAGAUGCAGAGAUCAAGCUCUUUGCAGUGGCCCCCAGCCAGAAAAUCUAUGAGCAAGGUCUCCAGGAAAUUGCCAGCCUUCCACAUGAACUUUUUAGGAACAACUAUGCCACUCUAAAGAAAGGCAGUGUUGAUGAAGAUACUGAGACCAUGGAUAAAAUCAUCCAAGUUAUGAAACAUGAUGCCUUUGCAAAGUGCUAUAAAAUGAGCUGCCUUGAAAUUCAAGGUCCACGUGGUCCAAAGGGAUUUCAAGGACAAAAGGGUGCAAAAGGGAACAUGGGGAUUCCAGGCUUUCUUGGGCAAAAAGGACGACAAGGUGAUCCAGGAAUUGAAGGUCCAAUUGGACACCCUGGACCUAAGGGUAUUGCUGGUGUAAAAGGAGAAAAGGGAGAGUUUGGAACAGAUGGACGAAAGGGAGCUAGUGGUGCUGCUGGAAGAAAUGGCACUGAUGGACAAAAGGGCAAGAUGGGGCGGAUUGGACCUCCUGGCUGUAAGGGUGACCCAGGUGAAAGGGGUCCUGAUGGCUACCCAGGAAAACCUGGUGAUCAAGGACUACCAGGAGAGGAAGGAAUAAAGGGAGAUCCUGGCCGGCCUGGCAAACAUGGCCCACCUGGUCCCAAUGGGGAAGUCGGAGGUUCUGGACCAAAAGGAUACAAAGGAGAACCUGGUCUUCCGGGUGCCAAGGGAAGUACAGGUGGCAAAGGACUUGUGGGACCAAGAGGAGAAGCUGGUCGUCGUGGUGAUCCUGGAGACAUAGGAACACCUGGAAACCAAGGAUCCAAGGGGGAAAAAGGAGAUCCUGGUUCUGAAGGACAAAGGGGUCUACCAGGAGAAGUUGGAGAGAAAGGAAGAAAUGGAGAUCAAGGACCACCAGGCCAGCGUGGUUCACCAGGUUCACUGGGAGAAAAAGGCAACCCUGGCUCACCUGGAGGUCCUGGGAGAGAAGGUGAAAGGGGCGAUAUGGGGCCUAAAGGACCCAAGGGUGAUAGGGGAAGACCUGGAUUAAGUGCACCUGGUCCCAGGGGAGCCCGGGGUGACAAAGGUGAAAAGGGUCAUCCAGGCCCAGAGGGUGCAAGAGGUGACCUUGGACCAAAAGGACUUAAAGGGAAAAAAGGAGAUCCAGGUGAUGAUGGAGGUGUUGGCCUUCCAGGUCCGCCUGGAUCCAGAGGAACAGAUGGUGAACCUGGACCCGAGGGUGAUCCUGGUCCUCCUGGAGAUCCUGGCCUAACUGACUGCGAUGUGAUGACCUACAUCAGAGAGACCUGUGGCUGCUGUGAUUGUGAGAAGCGGUGUGGUCCAUUGGACAUUGUCUUCGUCAUAGACAGUUCAGAGAGUAUCGGCUACACCAACUUUUCCCUGGAGAAAAAUUUUGUUAUCAAUGUGGUGAGCAGGCUAGGGUCCAUUGCCAAAGAUCCAAAAUCUGAGACAGGUGCCCGUGUUGGAGUGGUACAGUACAGUCAUAAGGGAACCUUUGAAGCCAUCCAGCUCAAUGAUAAGCGCAUUGACUCACUCUCUAGUUUCAAAGAAGCAGUGAAAAAAUUGGAAUGGAUUGCAGGGGGCACCUGGACUCCCUCUGCACUUCAGUUUGCCUAUGAAACACUCAUCAAAGAAAGCCGGAGAGAUAAAGCCCGAGUGUUUGCUGUGGUGGUGACUGAUGGACGUCAUGACCCUCGAGAUAAUGAUUCAAACUUACAAGCCCUCUGUGAUGGAAAUGUUGUGGUCAAUGCCAUUGGGAUUGGAGACAUGUUCAAUGUAGAUGAAGAAUCGGAGACUCUGAAAGCAAUUGCUUGUAAUGACCAAGGCAGAGUCCAAAGAAUGAAAGUAUUCACUGAUUUAGUGGCUGAAGAGUUCCUUGACAAAAUAGAGAUUGAACUCUGUCCAGAUCCUCAGAUUGUCUGCCCUGAACUGCCCUGCCAAACAGAGCUUUCUGUUGCCCAGUGCACACAGCGUCCAGUUGACAUUGUCUUCCUCCUGGAUGGUUCUGAAAGAAUUGGCAGCCAGAACUUUCGCAGGGCCCAUGGUUUCAUAGAAGCAGUGGCUGAGCGUCUUACCCUGGCCAGAAGUGACAGUGACGAUAUGAAUGCGCGCAUUGCCCUGCUACAAUAUGGAAAUGAGGAUGAACAUGACAUAGUUUUCCCAUUGACAUAUAAUAUGACUCACAUCACAGAUCGUUUAGCUGAGAUCAAAUAUUUGGACUCCUCUUCCAAUAUUGGGUCUGCCAUCAUAUACGCUGUCAACAACCUUGUCAUCAACACACAAAACAGGCAGAAGGCGGCUCGGCGUAAUGCGGAGCUGUCCUUUGUCUUCAUUACAGAUGGCAUCACAAGCAACAAAAACCUGGAAGAGGCAAUUGAUUCCAUGAAGAAGCAGAAUGUUAUGCCCACAGCUGUGGCUGUAGGCAGUGAUGUGGACAUGGAUGUCCUGCUAAAAAUCAGUCUAGGAGACCGGUCAGCCAUUUUCCGGGAGAAGGACUACCUAAGUCUCUCCCAGCCUGACUUCUUUGAUAGAUUUGUUAAGUGGAUCUGUUAAUUGUGAGGUAGACGACAAAGCUUUUAAACUUCUAUAUUGUUACAUGUUUUUUUAACUAAAGUAUGCUGCCAGAAGGUAGCAGGCACAAAUUUUCAAGGGAAUUUAUUUUUAUAUUCAAAACUGGUAGGCUCAUUUCAAAUGUUUAUGGUGCUAAUUAAAAACAAAAUAAUAGGAAGCUACAGAACACCACAGUAUCAUUUUUCACGCUUUAAAACAUUGUUUAAGAUCUUUAUAUUGUAAUACUUUUGGUGCUGAAUAGAGGAACCCUGCAUUCAACAUAAAGCAUAAAGAACUAUCAUCUCCAGUUGCCCCAAGGAUCCAUCUUACCUCCUCUCUCAUUAUUUCCUACUCAUCUAUUUACUGGUAGACGGGUAAUUCCAUUGUGCCUUGAUGGUGAUGCUAACAUUUCCUCUUUUUUCAAGGAGAUACUUUGCAGUUGAAAUAAUAACAGGAAAUUUUUUUUUUAUCAGUGCUCAAUCUUGCACUUGGUCUAUUCCGUUUGUAAACAUCUAGUCGUCCUUGCUUUCUUUCCAUGUACUUGCUACAGGGUUGCAACAUUGGAUGUUCCCUCCUGUAUGAUGAUGCAUGUAAUAAAUGGACUUCACAAAGAUAUCUGUAGCUAUUUCAUCUUAGAAAGAUCUAGGAAAAGAAGCUUUGUUCCUAUACAGCAGGGGUGUCAAACUCAAGGCCCACAGACUGAAUCCAGCCCAGGGGGUUCUUCUAUCUGGCCUGUGGGGCAAGUCUGGAAAUAACAAAGGACUGGCUUGCAGUGUGUCUGCUAGCAAAAAUUGGGUGUAGGUGGGGGGUGCCCCCAGCAACCACUUUUGGCCUUCAGAGUGCUCCAGGGGGUCUUCCAGGCCCAAAAUAGGGCCUCCAGAGUUGUCCAGUAAGCCGUCCUGUCUCAGAAGGUUAUAAAAGGGAGGAAAAGUAAAAUAUUUUACCUUUCAGGUAUGCAUAUUCUGCUACCAUGGCCUAUGCCAAUUUAUAGUUCUAGUCUUCCUAUGGAGUCAGUUUUUUGAUCUGAUUUCUCUCUCUCUCAUAAAGUGAUCAAGUAGGUCAAGUACAUAUUUAAAAAACAAAAUCACAGAAAUGUAUGCCUCCCUAUUUUUAUAAGUUUAUAAAACCAUGUCUAUAGAGGUGCAGCUCCGUGUCACACCCACCAAGGCUAUUCCUACCAUGGCCACCCCCACCCAGCCCUCCGAGUCAAACCCAAUCUUGCUGUGGCCCUCAAUAAAAUUGAGUUUGACACCCCCUGCCAAUCAGGUAGUCAUCAAUUUAUGACUGUAAUUGAGCCUGGCAAGUCAUGGUUGUAAAGCAACUCACUAUAUGAUCCACCCAUUUUUACUACCUUUUAUGGCAGCCAUUAAGUGAAUACAGCUGUCAUAAAGUGACUGCCAUGGUCUUUAAGCAAACUCUUUGUUCUCCAUGAGGCAGUUUUUGUUGGAAACUGGAAGUAAAGUCCAUUUCUGGCAAAAAUGUAAAUUGCAGAUUACUACAAAUAGCCAUAAGUGCACACUGGUUGUCAAGCACCAGGGAAGGGGGUGAGACUGAACUUUGAAACUGGGUCGUAAGUCAUUUUGGGGUGGUCUGUCGUAACUAAUGGAUUGAUUAUAAGUGGAGGAUUACUUGUACUGAUAAGAUAUGCCAUCCAGUCUUCCUGUGCCAGUUUUGUUCUACUCCCAAGGAAGGAGUCUCACUAAAAAUGGAUGUCAUUAUAAUGUAAAGAAAUUCUGCUGGAUUCUCUUCUGGAUUUCCUGCUACAUUUAAUUGAAGCCAAGUGCCAUCAGCUUUCAAUGUUCCAUGUAUACAUCUGGAAUGUCCCUGACUUGACUUAGUAGAACAUUUUUAUUUUAUUUUUCACAAUAAUCGUGGUAAGCACUAUUGAACUAAAUCCCAAUUUAAAGUGUACUACUAUGUGCAUAAAGGAGUCUAUUGGAACUGUAUUUGAGCAUUCUGCUUUUAUUAGGUCUUCAUUAGAAUAAAUAGUUCUAUCAAAUUGCUUUCCCCAAUCAAGGAAAUUGCAUAACAGCCAAUUUUUUUAAAGCCUGCAAAUGUACAUGUAAAAUUGAAAGAAAGCAUGACUACGUAUUUAAAGAGAUGGGGGGGAAGGGUAAUUGAAGUGUUACAUAACAAAGAUGAUAACUAUAAAAAUUCCAUAAAUUAUGAACAUAUGAAACCCAAAACAUGGUUUUACAAACAUGGUUGUAAUUUAGAAUUCUGCCCUAUUAACAUGGAGAACAUUUUACUGGUUUGCACACUUCUACUCCAAAUAAUUUGUGGUUUGUUUGAGGUUUUUUUUUUGUUCCACACCACAGAGCCUUCCUUAUACUUUCAAUCUUCUAGUGAAAAUAUAUAUUUGGUUUUAUUUCUAAUUGCUAAUAAUCUCUUUCAUAAAUCAUAGAUUAUACUUUCUCUGAAAUAUAGUGUGAACUAUCCCAAGGGCCACUGUGCAAAGCCAUACUAAUUGAUAAGCAAUGAAUACCCAAUGUCAAUGUAUUCCUGAUAUACUGUUUCUGGAAUAACUUGAGCCAAAAUUGCACUCCUGAUGAAUAAAAACUUUUUUCACAAUA